CCAUCUUGUGCUUGUCCACUCACAUAGUAAUAGUAGUUACAGUAGUUUUUGGUCCACCGGAAUCCAAACCCAUACAUUCGAACCGAAAACUACGAUGGAGCAAGAGGCACCGCCGCCAUCAUCAUCCAAGAGCUGGAGCAUCCACACGCGCCGCGAGAUCACCUCGAAGUACGAGAUCCUUGAGCGCGUGGGCUCCGGAGCGUACUCCGACGUAUACCGAGCCAAGCGCCGUUCCGACUCGCUCGUCGUCGCCCUCAAGGAGGUCCACGACUACCAGUCCGCCUUCCGGGAGAUCGAGGCCCUCCAGACGCUCCAGAGCUGCCCCAACGUCGUCGUUCUGCACGAAUACUUCUGGGCCGACGACGAAGACGCCGUUUUGGUGCUCGAGUACUUGCCCUCCGAUCUGGCCUCCGUGAUUAAGGCCGCCAAGAAGGAGUGGGACGGUGGGAUCGGUGUCGGCGAGGUCAAGCGGUGGAUGGUGCAGAUUCUAGCGGGGGUCGAUGCCUGCCACCGCAAUUCGAUCGUUCAUAGGGAUUUGAAACCCUCGAAUUUGCUGAUAUCUGCUGAUGGGGUUCUCAAAGUUGCCGAUUUUGGGCAGGCUAGAAUACUUCUUGCCCCAGGAUUUGUUGGCGAUGAUGAUGUAUAUAACCAGAUGGCCGAGCAGCCUUCGCCAAACAAAGCAACUUUAUCUCAGCCACCAGAGGCUCUUCCCACGCUAGAAGGCCCUUCUAUUCAAGAACAUGUAAAACGAGGCCGUGAAAAAUGCUUUCUUGAGCCAAAUCCUUACUUUACAAGUGAUGUUGAUGAAGAGAGUAUUAGCCGUGAUGGGGCUGCUUCUCAUCUUGCCACGUGCACCACAAGUGAUGUGGAGGACCCUUUCCAUCAAUCUUAUUCUUAUGAAGCUGAAGAUGUUGGAGCUAGUGGAAAUGGGCCACUUACCUCCUGUGUGGGGACCCGAUGGUUUAGAGCCCCUGAGCUACUCUAUGGGUCCACGAGCUAUGGGCUCGAGGUUGAUCUUUGGUCACUCGGUUGUAUUUUCGCGGAGCUUCUGAGUCUUGAGCCAUUAUUCGCGGGCGGUGCAGAUAUUGAUCAGCUGGGCAAAAUUUUCAGCGUUUUGGGCAACUUGACGGAUGAAGUCUGGCCAGGCUGUGUGCAACUUCCUGAUUACAAUAUAAUUUCAUUUAGUAAAGUGGAAAAUCCUAUCGGCUUAGAAGCAUGUCUCAAGAACCGGUCUCCUGAUGAAGUGCUUCUUGUGAGGAGGCUUUUGUGUUUCGACCCUGCAAGUAGAGCUACCGCAAUGGAAUUGCUUAAUGAUAAGUAUUUUAAUGAAGAGCCUUUGCCGGUUUCUUUAUCUGAGUUGAGGGUUCCAGCUAAAAUCGGGAAUCGUGAUGAGGAUUCAUCCGUUGAUUGGAACGAUCGUAGGGAUUUUGGGUCGGAUUCGGAUUUCGAUGAAUUUGGCUCGUCGCUUGUCACAACCACAGAAAAUGGGUUUUCGAUUCGGUUCUCUUGAUGUUGAUGGCAAGGGUUUUUAUUUACACUUGAUUGAUUUAAACCAUGUGCGGACACUGAUCAUUUUUCAUAUCAUCAAUCAGUUGGCUUCUGCAAUUAGAAAAAAGGCAAGCAAAAUAUGCUGACAUGCAAGAAUUUUGCUGCGGAAGCAUCUUGUGGGCUGCCGUUGCUACGUCAUCAGGCCUCAGGGUGAUUCUCGAGACUGAUGAUCAUUUGGUUGAGCAAUUUUAUCCCAAUGCUGUUGCCCCUUUUACCUGUUUUUGUUCAAGUUCAAGAAAUAUCUUAUCAAGCCAAUCAUAAAAGUAUUGUGUCUCUAAGAGCUGUUAUUUUUUCUUAUGAAUUAUUACGAUUCUUUUCCCUGAAAAAAUGAAGCACUUGUUGUGGUUGAGUGAUUAAACAAUGCUUUUAAAAAAAGAGGGGAAAAAGGACAAGACACUUGGUAUUGAAAUUUCAGCCAAGGACAAACAAAUACCAUCCAACCAAGACACGAACUUUUGUUUUAUCCACAAUCCAUAAUUUUUGUGGUCAUCCUCUUUAUCAUCUCCCUCUAUAACUCACUCCCAUUUUUCCUUCAGCCAUAUUAUCCCCAAUCCACACUUCACACCCCCAAAAAACCCAUUCACCCGAAAAAAAAAUGAACGACACAGUAGACAAGCUAGUGAUCUUCCUAGCUAAAAGAGACGGCAUCGACAAGCUCGUCAAAACCUUCCAAUAUGUAUCCAAGCUCGUCCACUGGCACCUCGAAAAAACCCACCCCGAAUAUGCCGCCCGAGCCAAGCAAUGGGAGGUGGCCUCCGGCCUCAGCCGGAAAGCCUUCCGCUCCGGCAGGUUCCUCGCCGGAUUCAACUCCCUCCGGCGGUCCCCGGGCCCCACGCCCGUUUUCCGGCUGCUGUCACUGCUUUCGAACGGGGGCGAAAUGGUCUAUUUCUUCUUCGACCACUUCCUCUGGCUGUCAAGGGUCGGGGUCCUCGACGCCAGGCUGGCGAAGAGGAUGAGCUUCGUGUCGGCUUUCGGGGAGUCCGUGGGGUACGUUUUCUUCGUGAUAUCCGAUUUUAUUCUCAUUCGGGACGGGAUUAAUGCGGAGAGGCGGAUUGUGGGGUCCGAUUUCAAGGGUGAGGUGUCGGAUGAUGAUAAGGAGGGAUUGGGGAGGAUUAGGGUGGAUAGGGUGAUGAGGCUGAUGGGCGUGGCGGCUAAUUUGGCGGAUCUGAUUAUUGCGGUGGCUGAGAUUGAGCCUAAUCCUUUCUGCUGCCAUGCUGUAACGUUGGGGAUUAGUGGGCUGGUUUCUGCGUGGGCUGGAUGGUAUAGAAAUUGGCCGUCGUGAAAAAUUGAGAGAUAAUUUGGUAAAGGUGUUUGAUUUGGAUGGAUAUUACCGUUUUUGAGUGGUGAAUACAUGAGGGGAAACAAAAAAUUGUUGUGUGCUGCGUUUUGCUCUGUAAUGAUGAUGAUAAAAUUUGCGACGAAAAUUUGUGUAUUAGUUUACUACUACUGCAUCAGUGAUUGUUUUAUUGGUACCUUUUGGUUUAAUGAAUGUUGAUAUAGCUAAAAGAUGCACAUAUGUUUG